AUGCACAGCUAUGGGCCUAUGGGCGCAUCUGCAACAAAGAGCGACCAGGCCCGCAUGCACUCUGUCCCGACUACAACUACUGGAGAGACCAGCUCGCAACGCGCGCCUGUGGGCAUCUGCGGAUUUGCGCCCGAAGAACUCCAGGCUGUACCGAGACCUGAUAAUCAGACCGCCCCCAAUGAAGAGCCUGAAUCCAAGCCCAGGGCCGCCUUUCCCUGUUCAUCGUAUUCUAUGGAUGAAGCUGCUCUUGCGGCCAUGAGCCAGUCAGCAAUUUUGGAUAAAGAGAAGGGUAAGUCAGCAACAGGAUGCGGCUCGAUGAAGAUGGACAAGGGCAAAGGCAAAGCUGUCUCCUUCAACGAGCCUAAUCUUGGGACCAAGGUUGCCGCAUCCCCGCCUGAUGACCACCUAGGGUCUGCGGGUGGGUCGAUUACCUCCGGGGGAUCGAAAAACAUUGUGACAGCCGAGGUCGACCCUAGGGUCCAGCGCAGCGGUGCUCCUUAUUACGCGUCGGAUUUUGGAAGGAAACCCACGAGCAGCGGGGCGUCCAACAAACGGGACGAGGGCAAGGCCGAUUCUGGUAAUAUGAAGGACUCCACUUCGACCUAG